AUGUUUCCCACCUCCACCUCAAAGAUGCUUUCAAGUGUCGUUCUUGGGUCGCUCGCUUUAGGAUCAGUCUCUGCCAUUCUUGGUGGAAACAUCGUUGAACUUGACGUCGCAAGGUUCAUGACGAAUUUUCGUCACGAGAAGGACGGCAACGCUUUAUGUGGUGGAGUUUUAAUUGCUCCAUCGUGCGUCCUCACGACGAGGUCAUGUAUGGAGCAGAAUCCUAUGUAUGCGGCAGUUGGGACGCGUUUUUCGAACGGCUCGACAGACAUCGAAGCGGUGAAGAUUAAAAGUAAUGACACUCAUCCGGACUACAAUCAAUUUGAUCGCUCUUACGACUUUGCCAUCGUGAUGCUAGAUGGUAGAACCCGUCCCCGUUUAGCACAGCUGCCAUUGCCAUCCGAAGCUUCUCGUACCAUCUCUGCUGGUACAAUAACGACUACAUUUGGAUGGGGAAGCACGGAUCCGACCAAGUACGACGCCAUAGCUGAAGAGCUGCACAGCGUCGAACUUCUGGUAUGGGAUACCGAAGCCUGCCGAAAAGCAUUGGGCUUUGACUUUAUCGACGAUAAAUUUAUUUGCGCUGGCGGUGAAGAGGGAAAAGGACCCAUGCUGGUGGAUAUGGGUGGCCCUCUUGUCAUUAAGGAGAAUGGCAAGUUUGAGGUGGUUGGUAUGCUAAGCUACGCGCUAGAGGCCUUUCAAACCAAUGAAGAGACUGAGAAUCAUAACAAGGGCUUGCUCAAUAAUAUCAACGGGCAACAAGACAACUUGGUAAUUAAGAUGCUGCGCUUGGCAGAAAUUUGA